GCCGUACUUGAGAAGUCUUGGAACCCACAUCUAACAGCCACCAGUGCCAUGGAGGAGGAUAACGAAUAUGAAAACCUUGAGAGCCACUAUACAAACAUAGACAACUACAAUAAGAGGGCAAGAGUACAUGAAAGAUUCUGCCUGGACACUGAAGUACAGAAACGAGGCUGUGAGGGGAGGCAGGCGCGCUCUGGAAAACCAGCUGCAGUGUGUUUGGGGCUGCUGUGUGUUCUCCUGUCAGCUGUUAUCAUCGGCCUGUGGAUAAAACACGAUGCAGGCAGAGACCAGUUACAGAGUAGCUAUGACAACAUGACUAAGGAGAGAGACCAGUUACAGAGUAGCUAUGACAACAUGAUUAAGGAGAGAGACCAGUUACUGGACAUUAACAAUAAUUUGACUUUAGAGAGAGACCAAUUACAGAGCAGUUAUGAUAACCUCACUAUGGAAAGAGAUGCAUUUCAGCAAAAACUGGAGAGGUGUUUUAAAGGUUGGAGGAAAUUUGGAAGCAGCUAUUACUACUUUUCUAAUGGGAGAAAGAACUGGGCUGAGAGCAGGCAGUACUGUAGAGAGAUGGGAGCAGAUCUGGUGAUCAUAAACAGCAGAGAGGAACAGGAGUUCAUUAAGGAGGUAAACAUAUAUGCCUGGAUUGGUCUCAGUGAUGCACAAACAGAGGGGAUCUGGAAGUGGGUGGAUGGGUCACCACUAACCACUGAAUACUGGAGGACAGGGGAACCCAAUGAUACUGGCAAUGAUGAAGACUGUGCUGUUUAUUUCAAUGAAGUUGUCUCUCUGAAUACGUGGAAUGACAUCCCCUGCUCAUACGAGACAGGCUGGAUCUGUGAAACUACAGUUGCUCCCACGUGGCUUUAGACAUUUACAUCAGUUGGUUUCUAAAACCAGUAUAAUUUUGGAAGGCUGUUAGUCUAUAUUUUAAUUCAUUUUCAAAACACACAAUUUUAGAGGCACCCUCAGUAAAUAGUUUUCUUUCAGAACUUUAGUUCCUCACCUUACCAGUGCUCUGCAUUUGUGAAAAUGUAUAUGGAAAAGAGAACACCAAGAGCAUUUAAAAGUGUCAUCAAGGUUUAGGAAAACAAACAGGAAGCAUAGACCAGACUAUGGUAUAGACCUUCAGUCUACCAGCCAAGUGCUCAACACUGAACCUCAGUGGAAUGUUUCCUCUUACAAAUACCACUCAUGUUUUUUAUCUUACUACAUCCCUCAAAAAUCUAUCCAGUGUAGCUUUCGCUGUGUUUCUCUGUGUUUCUCUUGGUGUG